GUGCAGCACAAGUGCGCGCAGCACCGGCCCUUCACCUGCUUCCACUGGCACUUCCUGAACCAGCGGCGGCGCCGGCCGCUGCGCAGGCGCGAUGGCACCUUCAACUACAGCCCCGACGUGUACUGCGCCAAGUACGACGAGGCCACCGGCCUGUGCCCCGACGGCGACGAACACCAACUUCGUGCUGAGCAGCUACAAGACGGAGCCGUGCCCCAAGCCGCCCCGCCUGUGCCGGCAGGGCUACGCGUGCCCCCACUACCACAACGGGCGCGACCGCAGGCGGAGCCCGCGCAGGUUCCAGUACAGGUCCACACCCUGCCCCAGCGUGAAGCACGGCGAUGAGUGGGGGGAGCCCUCCCGGUGCGACAGCGGCGACGACUGCCAGUACUGCCACUCGCGCACGGAGCAGCAGUUCCACCCAGAGAUCUACAAGUCAUCCAAAUGCAACGAUAUGCGACAAACCGGCUACUGUCCACGGGGCCCUUUCUGCGCCUUCGCCCACGUGGAAAAGAGCAUAGGAAUCACAAGUGACUGGGGUUGCAGGGACCCCAACUUCACCCACAGCCCCACACCGAACAGCGGCCCCCUAGGAAACGCAAAGCGGAGAGACUCGCCCGCGGAAGGUGGCCAGAAAGGCGGUGAACGCAGCCUCAAGCAGAACCAGCUCACGGUGCUGGCUGUGGUCCGCCCGCUGUCCACCAGUACUGGCUCCGGGACACCCUCGCCGACGGUGAUGUCUGCCCUGGACGCCCGCACCCUCCUGCUGGACCCCACGAGCACCACCGUGGAGUCUGUCCUGGGUUCUGCUUUAGAUCUGCAUUUUAGUGACAUAAAUAUCGCAUCUCUAGAGAAAGGUCUGGAAGAGCAGGAGAACGGCGAGCCCACACCAGCAGGUCAGCGGCUGCUGGGUGGCUCUGCCCCGGUGGCCAUUCCGGGUCCUCUGACACGUUCCUCGUCGCUGCUGUCAUCCUCAUCCCUGUCCACCUCCCCACUCAGUUCUCUCUCCCAGUCCCUGUCGGGGCCACUGGUCUCCUCGGCUAUGACACCCCCUCAGCAGCCCCCACCGCCUCCCAAGUCAGAGCCUGGGGGCCUGGGCUCCUCGGCCUCCUCCUACAGCUCCUUAGGCUUAAACGGCGUCCCUGGGAACAUCUGGGACUUCGUGUCGGGCAGCUUCUCCCCCAGCCCAUCCCCCAUCCUGGGCAGCGGACCCACUGCCCCCUCCACUGGCGGGAGCCCCAGUGGCGCCGAACUGGCCCGCGUGCGGCGGCAAUUGGACGAGGCCAAGCGCAGGAUCCGGCAGUGGGAGGAGUCCUGGCAGCAGGUGAAGCAGGCCUGCGACGCGUGGCAGCGCGAAGCCCAGGCAGCCAAGGAGCGCGCGCGGGCGGCUGACAGUGACCGGCAGGCAGCGCUGCGGCGCAAGGAGGAGGUGGAGGUGCGCUGCCGGCAGCUGCGGGAGGAGCUCGGGGGCCUGGGCCUUGCGGCGCUACCAGGGCUGCGGGGCGGCGGCGACCUGGAGGCCACGCCACUGCCCACGCUGCACUCGCUGCAGAGCCGCCUGCGCCUGGGCCUGGAGGCGGUGGACGGGGUCAUUGUCCAGUUGCACGCGAAGCAGUGCCUGGCGUGCCAGGAGCGGGCCCGCAGCACCGCCCCCUUGCCCUGCCCCCACCGUGCCCUCUGUGAGCCCUGCGCCGCCAGUAUGCCCGCUUGCUCCUACUGCAAGGCCCAGCCUGCCCAGUGGUGAUCAGGCCCGCGCCUCAGCCUGCCUCGGGGAGCUGGACCAACCCGGAGCUCGCCUGCGCACUUAUUUCCGUGGGCGCUUUCCUGGCGCGCCCACAACCCUGUGCAGAUGGGCUCAGUGCAGGGGGGCGUGGUGGUCUGACCCUGCUGUUGGCUAGAGCACUCGGAGCUGAGUCUCCGGAAAGCACUUUGUAAAACCAAGGGGUUUAGUUAGUUGUUAAAAAUUGCUCUAUGCUGCUUUCUAGGUUUAUAGUUUUGUUUUUUUAAUAUGCGAUAAUAUGAAGCUUUCUAUGUGUACUGUGAACUCUAAAAUAUUUCCUAUCAGUUUCCUGUUAACUCAUAGUCUGGUAAACAUCUUAGAUUUCACAUUCUGAAAUUUGUACUUAUCUAAGGACUAUCUAUCUAGUGGAGAAUGCUAGGGUUUUCAAAUAAGUGCGAACAGAUGGUAUUUAUAAGCGGAGCGAGCCUGAGAAGACGCAUGUCCUGUUAGCUGUGUGCGUGGCUUCAUGAAGGACCUGCUUUCUGAGCACUGCCCCCCAUGCACGCCUGCUGGCAACGUUUUGUCCAGCACUGUGGUGUGGGGACAGCUCUCCCAUGCCGCUACAUGACCUGUGGCCACUUCUCCCAAGAAGAGGUGCAAGAGAGGUGGCUGACAGUUGCUAGCAUUACUGCCUGUCAUGAGAGGGCAGUGGCUGGAGCGAGUGGCAACAAUGCAUGUGGCAGGCGGUGGCUUGGAGCGUGGUUUCUAGAAGCGGCUGUGUCUGCCCUGCGGUUCCUCAGACCCGUCAUGGGCAAUGGUGCUUUGCAGCAGAGCCGCUUGGCCCAGCUCCGGGUGCCCCUGCCCCCUGAUCUGUGACUGCAGAGCACAAGGUGUGAUGGGCCAGGUGUCUGCAGGGAGGGGGCUGCCUUGGCCUGGGGGACUGGGACCGCCAGCCAGAAACCUCUUCUGGAUGGAGUGUAAGACAGACAGACACCGGGGCCCUACAGGACCUGGCUUAGCUGUCCUCAGAAUAUCUCAACAGCUGCCUGGGCCCCAGCCCCCGCUGCCCCUGCACUGCGUCUCUGCCUGCUCCGGCUUUGCCAAAGACUUUUCAUAGCGUUUUUUAAAUGUGCAAAAUGACUAGGUAAGAAUUUUUAUCAGUGACCAGAUUAGAAUGUAUUUAAUAUAGUAAGGAAUUUACAAACUUUUUCUAAUGUCCACCAGGCCGCACACCCGUCUGCGGUUGCUGCCUCAUUGGGUUCCAGUGGGCCCACCUGGGUCUAGUGACGGUGACAGCUCACUCGCUCGCCUGUAGAGAUGACGUCUACUUGUGCUACUGUGAUCACUGUUUGAAGUCCUUUAUUUGUACUCGCAUUGAUGCUUCUGGCCCGGCUAUGGCCAGCGGCAUCUCUGGGAGGCCAGGCCGGCAAGGAGCAUCUGUAGCUAGAGGUCCAGUUCGGGGAUCGUGAGGAACCAGUGAGUUUCAAGUCUGUGUAUAAGCUACUCCAGGCAGUUCUGUCUGCAGCUGGGCUGACAUUCCAAUGGUGGGGCCUCGAGUUCCCACUCUGGUGACCAAGAUGGCCUAGGCAGUCUCCAGGGCACCAUUAGUCACAGUCCUCGAGGGACACUCAAGUCCCUACUGCUUGGGCAGUCCUCCUGUGUCCCCAGGCUGCAGCAGGGCUGUAGGUCUAGGAGCCACAAAGUGCCUGCCUGGUGCUGGAGGCCCCCAGGGCUCUGGUCUGCAUUCAAGUAUUUAGAUGGGAAUGCUAUUUGAAGGGAUUCUUCACCGUGGAGGUAGCAUUUACGAUGCAGUUGACCAUUGUGAACCCUUGUGUAAAUGUUUUACACUCUAGCAUUUAUGUGACAGUUUACAUGCACCCUGGAGUUACUUUUAUCGGGGUCAUUAAAACCUGGAACCUUU